ACCGUCAAUGGACUCAAUGGGCAGUCGCGGCGAUAAGUUUGGCCUAAUCAGGUUGUUAAUUCUACGGGCCUCGACAGUUCCACACGGGCUUUCCCAUAGAGCGGUAUGUUGGUUAAGAUUCUCCUAGUCGUAGGACUCUGUGGACUGGCUUGGUCCGUUGAGCAAGUGCGAUAUGAUAACUAUAAGGUAUACAAUGUAAGGAUCGAUGAUCUGGAGCAGUUUAAGCUGCUUAACUCGCAGGAGAAGUCCUUGAAGCUCAGCAGUUGGCGCGAGGCUCGUCACCUGGGUGAAUCCUCUGAUAUAAUGCUGCCUCCUGAAUAUCAGAAGACAUUUGAAAGCCUCUUGACCAACCACAAUUUCACCUAUAACCUGAAGAUCGACAAUGUUCAGACCCACAUCGAUGCCCAGAGACCCAAACAGCGCAUUACUUCCAUGGAAUGGACACAGUUUCACACUCUGGAGGAGAUAUUCGCCUGGUUGGAUGUGAUCGAGGAUCGUUAUCCGGAUAUAGUCACACCCUUUACCAUCGGAAACUCAUACGAGGGCAGACCGAUUAGAGGUGUUAAAAUUUCAUACAAAGAGGGAAAUCCUGCCGUUUUCAUAGAGUCCAAUAUUCAUGCCCGCGAAUGGAUUACGUCAGCGACGAUCACCUACUUCAUCGAUGAGUUGCUGGUGCCUCGUAACCCGGCAGUCAGGGAUAUAGCUCAGAAUGUGGACUGGUAUAUAAUUCCCGUUCUGAAUACAGAUGGCUUUGCCUAUUCCCAUGAAGUGGAACGCCUUUGGCGAAAGUCCCGUCUGCCUUCGGAUCCCACAGGGGAGUGCAUUGGAACUGAUCUCAAUAGGAACUUUGAUUACCUAUGGAUGUUGACUGGAGCCGAAUCGGAUCCCUGUUCACAAAUUUAUGCUGGUCCCUCGGCAGAAUCCGAUCCCGAGAUCAGCCAACUAACCGCCUACAUAAACAACUCCAUACCUGAAGGCACUAUAAAGAUCUACAUCUCAUUGCAUUCCUAUGGACAGUAUGUUCUUUCACCGUGGGGACACACAGCUCUAGAGUUCCCCGAACACUAUCCUCAAAUGAUGCACGUGGCCAAAGGCUUUUCAGAUGCUCUUUAUAGAAGAUAUGGCACAGUAUUUACCUAUGGAUCCAGUGCUACCACAUUAUAUGAAGUUUCUGGUUCGGGCAAGGAAUGGGCCUAUGCGGUGAAGAACAUCAAGAUACCCUAUACCAUAGAGCUGCGCGAUAAGGGCGAAUUGGGCUUUGUCCUUCCUCCGGAGGAUAUUAUUCCAGUGGCACGCGAGGUGACCGAAGGAUUCGUGGGCAUGAUAGCUGCCGCACGGGAAAUCGAUAUAUUGUAGUUUAAAA